AUGAGCGCCCCCGGAGACUACGACGCGGUCCGCAAGGACAUCGUCGCUCAACUCAAGAAACCAGACUACGAUGACGGUAGCACCGGCCCUGUCUUCGUGCGUCUGGCCUGGCACUCCUCUGGCACCUACGACCUCGCAACCGACACAGGCGGCUCCAACGGCGCCGGCAUGCGCUAUGAAGCCGAAGGCGGCGACCCAGCCAACGCUGGCCUCCAACACGGCCGCGCCUUCCUCGAACCCGUCAAGCAGAAACACCCCUGGAUCACAUACUCCGACCUCUGGACGUUAGCCGGCGUCGUGGCCAUCCAGGAGAUGGGUGGGCCUGCGAUCGCCUGGAAGCCCGGCCGCACGGAUCUCGUCGAUGACAGCAAGGUUCCGCCUCGUGGGCGCUUGCCUGACGGUGCACAGGGCGCAGAGCAUUUGCGGUUUAUCUUCUAUCGGAUGGGGUUUGAUGAUCGGGAGAUUGUUGCGUUAGCGGGGGCGCAUAACCUUGGGCGUGCGCAUAUCGAUCGGAGUGGGUUCCAGGGGGCGUGGGUGAAUAAUCCGACGCGGUUUUCGAAUCAGUUUUUCAAGUUGUUGCUGAAGUUGAAGUGGACGAGGAAGACUUUGCCCAAUGGUGUUAGUCAGUUUGUUUAUGCGGAUCCGGAUCUGGAGGAGGGCGAGGAGCCGUUGAUGAUGUUGCCGACUGAUGUUGCGCUGAUUGAGGACCCGUCAUUUAGGACGUGGGUUGAGAAGUAUGCGGAGGAUAAGGAUUUGUUCUUUGAGGACUUCGCCAAGGUGUUUGCCAAGCUGAUUGAGCUUGGUAUUCGCCGGGAUGAGAAGGAUGCUAUUGUCAACACUGACAAUGUCAAAGGUGGAUAUGUUUCUGCUCCGAAGAAGAGUGACACGGCUACAGGGCCGGUGCGCGCCAAGUUAUAA